GAUCCUCUUAACUCAAAAUCAAAAGGUAUCGGCGGGAAAGGAUACGAGGGUCCCGUUCAAAAAUUCGCUUCAACUCCCCCUCUCUUUCUCUCUCGCUCUUGGUCUCUCUUUUCCAACCCCAGUGGUCUGUCGCUGGCGAUUUCGACUUUGUUCGAGGUUCUUCCCAAGGCGAUCGAUCGAGGUACGUCGUGUGUUACGUCAUUUGCUCGUCUCCGACGGCCGCUGGCGGACAGCUGCCAUCAUUUAGGAUAACUUUGUUCGAGGUUCUUCCCAAGGCGAUCGAUUGAGCUGAUAUGUUGGAUAUUCAGGAUCUAGCAUUGGAGAGCAUUCAGUUUUUUACAUUUUGAUUACUCGACGUUACUUGGUACCCAUCAGAAAAGUGCAAAUCGUAGGCCUUGAAGAUGGGUGUCGAAAAUUACCACGUGAUUGAGCUCGUAGGUGAAGGCUCUUUUGGGAAGGUGUACAAAGGAAGGCGAAAAUACACUGGCCAGACUGUUGCAAUGAAAUUUAUUCUUAAGCAUGGUAAAAGUGAGAAAGAUAUUCACAAUUUAAGGCAAGAAAUUGAGAUUCUAAGAAAAUUGAAACAUGAAAAUAUCAUUCAAAUGCUCGAUUCCUUUGAAGGCCCCCAAGAGUUUUGUGUUGUCACAGAAUUUGCACAGGGUGAACUAUUUGAGAUUCUUGAGGACGACAAUUUUCUACCUGAAGAACAAGUCCAAGCAAUUGCUAAGCAGUUGGUGAGGGCAUUGCAUUACUUGCAUUCAAAUCGUAUCAUACAUCGUGACAUGAAGCCACAAAAUAUUCUCAUUGGCGCCGGGUCUGUUGUUAAGCUUUGUGACUUUGGAUUUGCUCGUGCAAUGUCUACAAAUACUGUUGUUUUACGAUCUAUAAAAGGUACACCCUUGUACAUGGCACCAGAACUGGUUCGGGAGCAACCUUAUAACCACACUGCUGAUUUAUGGUCUCUUGGAGUUAUUUUGUAUGAACUGUUUGUCGGCCAACCUCCAUUUUAUACGAAUUCAGUAUAUGCUCUCAUCAGGCACAUCAUUAAGGAUCCAGUCAAUUAUCCUGACAAUAUGAGUCCAAAUUUCAAAAAUUUCCUAAAAGGAUUGCUCAAUAAGGUUCCCCAAAAUAGACUAACUUGGCCUGAUCUUCUUGAGCACCCAUUUGUCAGAGAAACAGUAUGCGAUCUGGGGGCCAGGGAGAUUUGUGCUGCAGCCCCUGCAGAAGGGGUAUCUGAUGCUGCUUUGAAGCGUGAAACAAACAUCAGUCAUACAUCGAGUGGUUCACCUCUUUCCAGUCCUGCAGAUAAAGGUCAUUCCCCAGCUGCCUUUGAGAAUGGUUGUGCUCCAAACCUUCAAAGUGAUCCUUUGUCAGGUAGUCCUAACUCAGCUAUAGUUGACUCUUGUCCACGCGAGGAGUUUCCUGGUUUCACUGGUCCCAAUGAUGCUAACCAGUCAGGUUGCCAGGUGUUGGACAGAUUAGAGAAUAAUUCUCUAACAGUUAAAGGUGCAGAAUUCAUAGGUCAUGAUAGCGAAGCACUGGCACUUGUCCUGCUACCAAUAAAAAAUUGGACUAAAGGAACUCAUAACUCUAGCCGGGAUCAAGACAUUCUUCGUUUGAACCAACCCCUGAGAAUUCUUUCGAACAUAGCUGCGGCUGGUGCCAUCAAUUCUAGUGGGAUACUUGAUGAAAUAAUAUGUCAACUUCUUACAUUUACUGCGACUGUAGUUAUCCAGAGAUCAUCUGAGAGUAGUGAAUUGACAGCCAAGAGUUUCUCAAUUAUCAAAAUUCUAGUUGAUAAUCGUGGAUGUGGCAUUGGCAGCUCAUAUUUCCACCAUUGGGUUGCCAUUGUGGAAAUUUUUGCACAGGUUGCUGGUUGCAAUGUCGAUGUGUGCGGGAAAGUUCUGUAUGAGUCCUGUGCUUGUGUUACGAUGGUAUUAUCUCGAGUAUCUCAGGGUCUCAGGGCAUCUGCUUCAACCUCAGAUUCAGAUGUUUCUGCCCCAAUGGUGAAUGAAACACUGAAACAGAUAUUGGAUCAUGCUAAGACAUCGGGUAUAGUGGAUCAUUUAUGUCUUUGCCUAGCCACUUCUGGCUCGAGUCUCAUAUCAGGUUCUUCAAAUUUGUUACGAGUUGCUUCUGAAGCAUGUAAGGCGAUUUGGUUUCUUAUAGAUGCAAUAGAAAUUCAUUUUGUCAAAGAAAAUGCCUACUUUUUUCCACUAAACUCUUGGCGGAGCCAUUCUUUGCUUCGUCUUGACCUUAAGGAUCAUGAGCGAAGUUCAUUAGUUGGGACAGAAGCAGAAAAAAUUCUAGAUACAGUGACAAGAGCAUUCCUCAGAUCAAAAGCAAUACAGGUUGCUAUUUAUCACUGUUUCCACCAACGUCUUGAGGCGGUAUUAUCUGCUGCUGUUCAGCUCAUUUCACGGUGCUGUCUGCAUAGUGGAAUUGUUCCAAGUCUUCUAUGUGGGUUGCCAAGUUCCCUACCCGUUACUACUGUUGUUAGUGGUGGAGGGGACCAUACAAUUGUCUCAGAGAUAUUCUCCAUAUUGUCUUUAUGUGCUUCAUCAGCCAACAAAGACCAACAGAUGGGUGAAGCAAGUAACUUGAAGUGCAAAUUAAGUAAUCCGAAUGCCCUCGUGCUGCACUCGUGCGUUACCCUAGCAAUAGUUGCGCAGUGUUUAAAAUUUUCUGGCAGAAAUUCUGCCAUAUUUAUGCUGACAACAUCUCCAAAAAAACAGCAUUCUCGGUUUUCUAUACUUGCCCACCAUUUUUCUUCUAAUGAUAGGUUACAAAAUUCAUUGCAACCUCACUUUGCAUCAGCCAUGCUUGCUUUUGCAUCUAUAACAUCUCUCGAAACUGGUGUUUCUGUUGAGUCUUCCAUAUCUGAAAUUGCAGUGCCUUUGAUCCCUCGAACUGUGACCCUUUGUGACCAUCUAAGGAUACCAUCAUUAGAUGAAAAUGAAGUGGGUUCCACCAGUUCCAAUGGCAUGCUCUCCUAUUGGCAUGGCCUGAGGGAUGGUUGUGUUGGCUUGUUAGAAUCUAGACUGAAGUGGGGAGGGCCGUUAGCUGCUCAACAAUUGUGUGCCAGUGGUACCCCUCUAAUUCUUAUUCGGUUAUUGGCUGACAAUUAUUCUAAUUCUUCUCAAGGAAUUGGAAACACAAAAGAACUAGUUGGAUUAUCACCGGUUGGGGUUGUGUGGGCAGUUUCUUCUAUAUACUAUUGCCUUUCAGGGGGAGUUCAGACAUUUCGUCUGGUUUUGAUUAGGAGUGAACACAUAAACCUAUUCAAUGAGUUGAUAUCUGACGUGCAUCUCAAGCUUGUGAAGUGCUGGGGUGGACCUGGUGGAGGGAAGGAUGGGGUCAGGAAUAUAAUCAAUGCAGUGAUUGAUCUCAUAGCAUUUCCUUUUGUUGCAAUACAAAAUGCUCCAGGCUUUCCAUCCGCUGCUGCUUCUGUAAACGGCGGGUUCCUUCUCAAUGUGGGUUCACCUGGUCAGAGGGUGUCCAUGGUUGAUAAGGACAUGGUGAAGGCAAUUCAGGAGGAUAUGGAAGAGUAUAUGAAAAUCCUUCUGGAGGUGGGAGUGCCUGGCACUAUUCUCAGGUGCAUAGAACACAUGGAAUUAAAGGAUGUGGGAAGGCCUGUUGCUUUUCUUGCUAAAAUGACAGGCCAUCGUCCUCUUGCCUUUCAACUUGUGGGCAAAGGCUUGCUGAAUCCAGACAGGGUGCGGAGGUUGCUUGAUCAUUCAUGCCGGAUAGAGGUCACGUUGGAUGUUCUGAUGAUCAUUUCUGAUCUAGCUCGUAUGGAUAAGGGUUUCUAUGAGUAUAUUAAUGGUGCAAAUCUGUUGGAGUUCUUCAAGGACUUCCUUACCCAUGAAGAUUCCAUUGUACGUGCAAAGGCUUGCAAUGCUGUUGGCAACAUGUGCCGGCAUAGCUCUUAUUUCUAUAGUGCACUGGCAAAGCACCGUAUCAUUGGUCUCUUGAUUGAUCGAUGUGCUGAUCCAGACAAGCGUACACGAAAAUAUGCAUGUUUUGCGAUUGGCAAUGCUGCUUAUCACAAUGAUCUGUUGUAUGAAGAGCUGAGGAGAUCCAUACCUCAACUAGCCUUUCUGCUCCUUUCAGCAGAGGAAGACAAAACCAAAGCCAAUGCGGCUGGUGCAUUGAGUAAUCUCGUUCGCAAUUCCAACAAGCUUUGCGGGGACAUUAUAUCUAAAGGAGCCAUGCAGGCUUUACUGAAGUUGGUAGCAGACUGUUCAGCAGUGGCCUUGAACCCAAAUAGAAGAGAUGCUGUGAAUGAAUCACCUAUAAGAAUAGCUCUGUUUUCUUUGGCAAAGAUGUGUGCACACUCAUCCUGCAGACAAUUCCUCCGCUCCUCAGAGCUAUUGCCUGUUAUUGUUCGGCUUCGACAAUCCCCAGAAGCAACAAUUGCCAACUAUGCUUCUGUUAUCGGCAGCAAAGUUGCUGAAGCUUGAGUUUCAAUCCCAAUUUACUUGCAUUCUUCAGUGAGUAGCAGCAAUGGGUUUUGCUUCUACCAAAGAGCGAAAAGAAAUGAGCCAGAAACUUGGUACAUCAAAGAGUUAGUAUUGUAUUUUGUAAGUCUUGUAUGUAUAUGAUACAUUGUUCAAGUGCAACCAUAUCGUGUUGAAUUUGAGUUCUCCAAAAAAAAUGUGCUUGGAAUGGGAGAGAUAGAGGGUAGACAAUUUGGCUAGUUGGGAUUAAAAACAUUUUGUUACGGUUUAUAUUUCAUUCUAAAAUUUUAGUCACAUUCAAGGCCCAAGGAGUAUCGUAAUACACCAACAGAAUGUAUAGUAGAAGGUUUGGCAUAGUUGAUGAAGUACCUCAUAUAUAAUCCAGCCAUGUGGCCUAAUGAAUCGGAAAAAAAAUAAAUUUUUGAGAUUGGUACUA